UAAUAAUUAAGUGUGAUUAGCUGUUCCUAUGAGUAAAAUAACAAAACUUUUCUCUUAUUUUAGCUUUAAACAGUUGUAAAAUGGGCACACGGUUUUCAGUUCCCUACAACUUUUUUCAAAAUAAAAGCACUUUCUGAAGAAAGAGAUUCAGCCCCGCCCCCUAAAUCUUUGGAUCUAACCAUGUCUCUAAAACCCCCCGAUGGUUACGGCACCACAACAGCCGCCGCCGGCGCUGGUGCUACCUCCACCUCCACCUCUACCGCACCCACAACCGGACUCUCCUUCUUCUCUCGCACGGAGUCCCUUGCCUCCUCGCGCCGCCCAUGGAGCGAACUCUUCAAUCUGUCGAGUUUCUCGCGACCCUUAAGCUACAACGACGCGAUGUCCCGUAUAAGGCGGAACGUCAACAACUUUCGCGUGAACUACGCAAUGGUGAUGCUCUUCAUUCUCUUCGUUAGCUUGCUUUGGCACCCGGUGUCGAUGAUCGUUUUCAUAAUCGUGUUUGUUGCGUGGUUGUUCUUUUACUUCGCGCGUGACGAUCCAGUUGUGGUUUUUAAUCAAGUGUUAGAUGAUAGGCUUGUUUUGUGCGGUUUGGGUUUGGUGACGAUUCUUGCUUUGGUAUUUACUCACGUGGGGCUUAACGUGUUGGUGGCUUUGAUUGUUGGGGUUGUGGUGGUAGGUGUUCAUGCGUGCUUUAGGAGUACGAGUGAUUUGUUUUUGGAUGAAGAGAGUGCGGUUGAAGGUGGAUUGGUUUCGGUUGUGGGAAGCCAGCCGGUUAGGUUGACUGGUUAUACACGAAUUUGAUGGGGUUUUGCGUGUAUUUGUGUUUGAUUUGAAGGGGGCGAGGAGGUUUCUGGUUUUCUUUUGUUUUUGUUUUUUUUUUUUUUAAUGCAGAAAUUCCUGAAUGUCAUUAGUGAAUCGAGUUCAAAAUUGGGUUCCUUUGGAGUUACAGAUAUCGCAGGUCUGCUUACUUGAUUAGUUUUUGAAGGAUUGGUGGUUUUGGCCUGUACCUAAUUGUUUCAAUUGAUGAUAACGGAAAUUUUGUUGGUGCUUGUGAGUUCUUGUUACUGUAUUAUUGGUUUAAAUAGGUGAAGUUGGAGGGUCGACUUUGAUUUGUUUCGACUUUUGUUUCUGAUUCGGAUUAAUUGGGAUGUUUGAAAUGGUAAUUGACACGCUUGAGGCUAUAGGAAGUUCAAUCAUUUAUUUAGGAAGCUUGUGUUUUAUGUUGUUUGGAUCCAUGAUGCUGAUUUUGGUUGCACUGCUUCAGCAUUGUCUUAAACUUCUGGAGAUGAAAUCAAUCUUGUGCUGUGAGGUGACAGAAAUGCAUUUGUGCAGAUCAUCUGAGUUCUCGAUGUAUUUUGGCAUCAAGAAGGUCAUGUAUGUUAUCUUGCAGUCACUAACUUGGAAAUUUUAUUUGUUUUAGCCAUGCAGGUCCCAUCGCUAAUUUGCCACUCUAUGUUGUAAUUUGAAUUUGAAAGCAUUAUAUGUUUCUUUUAUAUUUGAAGGGACCAACCAAUUACAGAAGUCUAUCAGAUUCAGUUCCUCGCUUAAUUUA